AUGGACAUCUUUGGUUUGGCCCUCGUUAUCCUGGGAAUCCUUGAUCUGAUCCAUUUUGACAGUCCACUCGAAGACGAACUUCUGACAAUUUCGACCGCCGUUGCGACUGCCGCCAUUGUGCUUGGCGUUUUCAUAAUUGCUGUUGCGUUCUUAGGCCUAUUCGGAGCACUUCGGGCGAAUGCAAAUGUUCUCCUUGCGUACGCGAUUAUUAUCCUAAUUAUGGGUUUCGCAACACUUGGCUUUAUGCUAUUUGCCUACGUCAAACGUUCUCGGAUUUACGAUUUUGUUGAAGAUACCGUUAGUGCCGCUGUUAAAGAAGGUGAAUCAAAGUAUGGAAGUAGUAAAAAGUGGACUGCUAUCAUUGACUGGUUGGAGGCCACUCACUGCGCUACAGCUGUUGCGGAUGCCGUUGAUGCCGAAUUGAUAACGAUUGGAGGAAGUCUUCUUGGAAUCACACUCCUCAGUUUCUUUACUUCCGCUUUGGCCUUUGUGCUUGCGCGCGACAUAAAAGUCUACGAUAAACUGUAA